UGGGUCAAGUUCUACCAGGAAGGACAUUUGAUAUCCUACAAGUACCCAGGCAAGGAACAGGACAGGGCUGAGUUCUCCUUGGUUGACAUAAAGCAGGAAGCUGCAGUGAGGUAUUGGUGCCAGUAUGAACUACUGUAUACAGCAAGAACCUCAGAAACGAGUGAACCUGUGGAGCUGGUGGUGACAGAUCACAGAUUUUCCCCACCUGAAAUUUCCCUGAGCCCUGAGAAAUAUGUGGAGACGGGGACCAACAUCACCAUCCGAUGCUGGAACCAAGAUUACCAGGGCAUCUUCUUGCUGCACAAGGAUGGGUGCUCAGCCCCUAUCCAGCACCAGGACCCUGAUGGUGGGGGCACAGCCACCUUCACACUCUUUGGGGUGACCCCAGCUGACAACGGUUCCUAUAGGUGCUCCUAUCGCGCCAAAGCCUACCCCUUGGUGUCCUCACCCCUUGGGGACAGAGUGAUGCUGGUGGUGAGACCCACACAUGCACCCCUAGACCCCACAGGUGCCAGUGGAGGGUCUCUUGCAAACCCGGUGGUGGUGGUGUUGGGAGUCUGCACUGCUGCUCUCAGCUUCAUUCUCGUCCUUGUCGUCUUCCUUCUUGCUGCACGUGGAUGCUGGAUACGGAGAGAUGAGAGCUCUGAUGCAGGUGUUCCCCCCAGACAGCCUGAGACUGUGCAGUUCCAGGUGCCCCCUGGGGACAGCGAGGGUCUGACCUACGCCGAGCUGCACGCUGUGAAUGCCGGCCCCUGGCUCUCUGGACUCCCCGCUGCCCCCAGCCCGCUGUGAUCUAUGCUGAGGUGGGCACUGCGGGACCCCACUGAUGUCCCCCAUCUGUGUGCAGGAACACGUGGAAGUUGUGUGCACACCUCCUUCAAGCACGCGCAGUGCAGGGGAUCCUGCCAACACCGCCACGUGAGUGUCACGUCCCAUCCUUGAAAUGAGGAGGCACACGCGGCAGACAAAUGGGCAGAAGCAUCCAGAAGCCCAGGGCAGCGCUCCGAGAUGAGAACCAGUGCCAGCGCAGGGAAGGAAGCAGCCCUGAGAGCAAGGGAUGGCAGCGAGUGAAGGAAGAGCUGAGCACUGUGAGCAGCAGCUCUGAGGCUGCUGUCCCGCUGAGAGCAGUUGUGUUGGAACACGCUCUGCUCACAUCUGUUGGGAUCUCCACCCUUUGCACCCCAUGUUGGGCCCCCACCACAAGGACUGCAGUGCUGGCACCCAGCAGCAGCUCAGCACCACACAGCUUGGAUUCUCACUUCCCCCUCUCAGUGGAGUUGAAGAUAAAAAGGCAGAACUUUCAGAUUGAGAUAAAAUCUUCUUACUAAGACUGAAGAGAGAAAUAACAGUAUCGAUAACACAGAGGCUGCGGGCAUCGAGGAUGAAGUAGAGGCCGAGAGCGAAGACAAGGGCAGCAGCGCAUCCCCUCACCACCGCCACCACAAAGU